AUGGCUUCCAAGCAAUUCUUCGACCCGCUCACCCUCCUCCGGGUCGCGCCGCUCGUGACGUCAACCUGCUCGCUAUGGUACUGUGUCGACCAGGACCUCUUCCUCGGCCAAUUCGUCAAACCUCACAACCGUGAGAAGGGCAAGGAGAUCCUACCGGGAUACUGGAAGACCUUUUUGUCGCCCGGACUCGCCGUCAUCUUCGGGUUGUACGGCGCCUCCCUCGGCGCGGGAGUGGCCAAUGCUCUCCGCGGCAGGCCCGCCGUGUCCCGCUUCUACGCUAUCGGCGCCGCCUUCACCGCGGCCCACUUCCUCUUCGUGCCGCUCGUCAUGCCAAAGAUCCAGGGCAUGGUUGAUGACGAGCCCAAGGGACAGGCUUGCGAGCACCAGCAGGGCUGGCUCAAGGUGCACAGGAUCCGCUCGCUCGUGGUGGACCUCCCAGGCUGGCUUUGCUUCCUGGCCGCGGCCCUCGAGUCUGUCAAGGCGAUCUAG